AUGCAUGCCAUCUCCCGCAACCCCUCAGCCUCGUGGUUCACUCUAACGCAGGAGGAAAUUCCAUUCGUGAUCUCACAAUGGUGUAUGAGAUCUUCACUUCUCUUCUCUACGGUGACAUCCUAUCUCGGAGCCAAGCUUUUGUUAUCUCCCACAGAAGAACUCGGAAGGUAUUCACAUGAACAAGGUGUCGACAAGGGUCCUCUGACAAUCUGUUUCAGCAAUUAUUCGAAACGGGUUAUAUGGGUACCUGCACCUGCACCUGCCUUACCUACAUCGAAGCAUGAUGGUUUUCAUGCUAGCUUGCUUGCUCGCUUGCUUGCCUGCCCGGGUACGACCGAGGAUGCAUCCAUGGUUCAAUGGGAGAAGAAAGGCUGA